AUGUCACAGCCAUUCGAACAAGGUUACAUCCCUCAAAUUAACCGUCAAAACAAGCCCGGCUUGGAAGCCGACAUGCCUUCGAAGCCUGUCAUCGACAGACUUCCAGACGGCCCCUACAAACCAGCUGGCAAGUUGGACGGUCGUGUGGCACUCGUUACUGGCGGUGACAGCGGUAUUGGCCGCUCCACCUGUGUACUCUACGCUCUCGAAGGCGCUGCUGUCGUAUUUACGCACCUUCCCCAGGAAGAAAAGGACGCAAUCGACACCAUCGACCUCAUCAAACAGCGCAAACCAGAUGCUAAAGUGCAUCGCUUCGCUGCUGAUCACAGAGAAGAGCAGGAUUGUGUGAAAUCCGUCGACGAGACCGUGUCCACUUUCGGAAAAAUUGACAUAUUGUUCAAUAACCAUGGCACUCAGACUAUGGUGUACGAUAUACAAGAUAUCUCUCUCGAACAGUGGCACAACACAUUCGCAACUAACAUCCACUCCCUCUUCUACCUCUCCAAAGCUGCACUGAAACACAUGAAACCCCACUCCGGCGCUAAUAUCAUAAACAACGCCUCUGUAAAUGCCUACAUUGGUAGACCAGAUCUGCUCGAUUACACCUCCACUAAAGGGGCUGUAGUCAGUUUCACUAGAGGUCUCGCGAAUCAAUACACCAACAGGGGCAUAAGAGUCAACGCUAUUGCUCCAGGCCCUAUACAGGCUCCGUUGAGAGAGUCUACCAUGCUCGAACCUGCCCAGGAAAGCUUCACUACUCCUCUCGGUCGCCCCGGUGAGAGUGUAGAGAUCGCUUGCGCUGCCGUCUUCCUCGGUUCAAGCGAUUCUAGCUUCAUCACUGGUCAAACUAUUCACGUGAACGGCGGUGGUUUCACUACUAGCUAA